GCAUGGUUGUUAAAGUAGUUAAUGAACAGGAGCUGAAAGAAGCUAUUUCCAACGUAAAGGAUGACCACAGCCCUAUAAACUGGGCUAUGGCUAGCCAUCAAGGAAGUCCAGAAUUGAUUAAACUUACUGGCUCUGGGACUGGCGGCUUAAACGAGUUGCUUUCGGAAGUUAAAAGCGAUAAUAUAUCAUAUGCUUAUCUUCGUGUUAGUGAGCAAGUGGAGAUCAGCAGCACUGUGAAGUUUGUUCUUUUGCACUUCGUUGGUAUUCAUGUUCCAUUGGUUAAAAAAGGAAGAUUCGGGAUAACAAGGAAAUUAUAUACUUAUUUAUAUUUAUAUUUACCUUAAUAUUAUUAUAGAGGUGACAUUGUGGAGAAAUUCUUUUCUCCUCACCACGUUUCUAUUUGCGACAUAGUGGACCCUUCGGAAAUCAGUGAGGCCUCGAUCACUCGUAGGGUUGCCGAAGUUUCUGGGACAGCCAUACACGAAAUUGACUCCGCCGAGGGGAGGCAGAUGAGAGGCUUUACCCAAAGAUCUGCUGCUACCAACAUUAAGAAGCCCGAGUCUACUUCUAAACAUUCGGUGAAUGUUAGCUCUCACGCCUUGAAAUUCAGCCAGGAGUUAAGGGAUGCCAUGACGGAGUUAAGAAAAGACGGCGGCAAUGUAAAACUAGUCAUUGCUGAGUAUGAAAAGCAAGAUCCCAGAACCGAUAAGCUCAAUCUCGGGAAAAAAAGCGCCGGCGAUAUCGCAGAAUUUAUAUCGAGUUUUAAAGAUGAGCAAGCCCAGUAUGGUCUGUUACGCACCACUGAUAACUACGAAGGAAUAACAACGGUUAAGUUCGUGUAUGUUGCGUGGAUCGGAGAGAAAGUCACUGGUCUUGCCCGAGCGCGUGUUACUGUCCAUAAAGGCGCCUGCUCAGAACUUUUUGCUCCUCACCACGUGACUUUUGAGGCUACCCAUAGAUCAGACAUUUCCGAAGACGAGGUGAAGAGCAAAGUUCAGUCUGCGAGUGGCUCAAAAGUUAACGUUCGCUAGAUAUUAAUGUUUAUUCCUCCCCUUUUUCGUAUGUUAAGGAGGAACUCCACUGAUUAGCACUUUUUCGAGCCUUUACGGA